AUGGCGUCUCCGCCCUCCUUCGACACGUUCUACGGACAACAGCAGCCGCAACAGUCAUCGGGUUCUUUUGAUUACCCAUCCACCAACCCGACGUACACUCAGCAGCAGGGUGACCAGCAGUACGGCACCAUGUACGUUUCCGAGGAGCCCCAGGGAAUGGCCGGAGACGACGGAUGGCAGGGUGGCGGCGGCGACUACCAGCACCAGCAGCACCGACAACUGCAUCCCAACACAGGCGGCAGCAUCGACCGCAAGGAGUCUGUGCCCUUUGACCCGACGAGCAGCAGCACAAUCAUCGCAUCGGCCUCGCAGCCGAACGGCGGCUUCCAAGGACAGCAGUUCCAGCCGCAUCUGCACCAGCAGCAGAUGAUUGACCCGAACCUGGGAUCUGGCGAGCACAAUAACAUGCUGGACCCCAUGAACAAUAGCCGUCCCGGCAGCUGGCACGGCAGCCAGCAGCAGCUCGAUGAGCUUCACCAGAUUAUUUCUAACCCCAACUCUCGCCCCAGCACGCCGGGAAAUGUCUCGCGCGUGGCGUCCCCCUUCAUGGAGCCGAACCAGCAGCAGCUGAACACGGCAUCCAACAACAUUACGCGAUCCCCGAGCCCGUACGGAGGACCGAGCCCCUACAAUGCGCCGAGCCCGUAUCAGGCCCCGAGCCCGUACAACGCCGCGAGCCCUUAUGGAGGAAACUCGAGCGUGGGCACACCUGGUGCUGUCGCCCCUUCGCCCGGCACCCAGCGCUCAAGUGUCAUCUCGCCUGACCAGAACUCGCCUUCCUUCUCGAAACCCCAGUCUCCGCCUGCUCUCGUCAUUCCCAACAGUUCCAGCUCGCCAUCUAUGAACUCGCUCGUCGGAACUAGCAUGGACCAGCAUCAGCUCCAGCAGCAGCAGCAGCAGGGAGCUGGCAACUUUGGCAACAGCCUCUUGCCGCCAGCGAACCCCGCCCUCGAGCACUUGACGGGCAUGGCUGGAAUCUCCCCGAUCGCCCCGAACGCGGACGGCCCGAUGAUCACCAUUCAGCCCAGUACCCCGAUCAGCGGCCUGCGAGACCAGAAGGGGAUCUUUGACGACGCCCUCCGCCGCGCGAAUGCUGCGAACGCCCAGUGGAAGCAGGAGCAGCAGAACAACCUGCAACAGGAUCAGCGCAGCCAGACUUCGAACCAGGACCCCGCGACCUUCAUCGCGAACGCCCAAGCUUGGUCUCAGUCUGUCGAUCUCAACGGCAUGUCCCUUGAAACGGGGCACCCCCAGAUGCGCCCGCGAGCUCGCUCAGAGUCCUAUGCGUCUGGAGGCGAUGCUUUUGGGCGCCAGGCGAUCGCACAGGUGCAGGCGAGCGGCAUCGCUGGACCGGACGGUUUCGUCAUAGACCAGUCUGGUGGCAGCGCAGUCGCGGACGACCAAUGGCGGGACAUCAACGCCUGGCGAACGCAGACGGCUGGCGGUGAGGACCAGUACAGCACGAUGGACCCGCGCCAGCUGCCUGGAAACGGUUACGGCCAGCCGAUGCAGCAGUUCCAGCAGGACCACGACAUCCGCAGGCAGCAGCUUGGGCAAAUCAACACAAACAUUCAGCAGCAACAGCCCCAGCAGCCGGGCCAGAUCUCGCCCGAUUCGAUGCGCUUCUACAGCGAGCUAGGCCUCAACCCCCAGGCCAUGGGCCAGCAGCAGAUGUACCAGCAGCCGCAGCGAGGAUUCUUGGAGGCGGGACAGUCUGCGCCCAGGCGCCGGUCGUUCAACGACGGCGUCCAUCCCGCGGCAGGAGCUGGAACGCCAGGAUACGGUGUAGAGUUCAGCGUUCCUGGCGGUGUCGUGCCUCAGGGCCGAUUGAGGGGUGGAUCCUUCGGCUCUGCGAUGGGUCAUCGCCGAGCGGUACGCAGCGAGGACUUUAGUGCUAUGGGCACUGGUUGGGGUGUUGGUGCGGGAGGUUCAACUGCCGACUUCCUUCAGAGCAUUACGAAUCCCGACGAUGGAACAUUGCUUCCUCCGUCGAUGCGAGGAAGGUCCAUGUCUCACUCCCGACACAGCUCUGCGUCCUCUGUCCGCUCCGCCUCGCCAGCUUUAUCAAUCUCGUCGCAAGGAAGUUCUUUCUCCCACCACUCUCACAUGGAGAUGCCUGAAGGAGCCUACUUCCCCGGCGACAUGUACGGCCAACCAAAGGUCGCCAAGAUGCGGGUCACCAGCCAAGCCACCGAGGUCGCCUCGCAGAGCCGACGAACCAACAGCGGCGUCUUCAAGUGCCCGAUCCCAGGGUGCGGGUCGACGUUCACACGACACUUCAACCUCAAGGGUCAUCUGCGAAGCCACAACGACGAACGACCAUACAAGUGCAUAUACGAAGGAUGUCCGAAGAGCAUCGUUGGUUUCGCACGCCAGCACGACUGCAAGCGCCACAUGCUGCUGCACGACGGCGUGCGGCCAUUCGAGUGCGAAGGCUGCGGGAAGAAGUUUGCGCGCCUCGACGCCCUCACACGACACCACAAGAGCGAGCAGGGCCAGGAGUGCGCAAUCUCCCAUCCGUUACCGACAAACCCGGACGGCAGCCCCAUGUCCGAAAGCCAGUACAAGGCCUACCAGACGCAGAAGGGCAAGGAGCAAAAGCCGCUUGCAGUGUAG